AUGCCAGUGAUUGGCGGAAGCGGGAAUAUAUUUCUUGCUGAUGUUGAAUGUAACGGUACUGAAGGAUCGAUCCUCAGAUGUGACCAUAACAACUUUGAACAUAAUGAUUGCCAACAUGAAUCUGAUGUCGGUGUCAACUGCGAAGAAACCUCUGAUGAAAUCACCAUGAGUAACUCCGUCGGUGAUUGCAGUUUUGAAUAUGGAUCCUGCGGCUACACGAAUCAGGGCAAUAGCUCAUUUAAAUGGGAACGAGAAUAUGGAUCUACGCCAUCAGGUUGGACUGGACCUUCUACUGACCACACACAUGGCACUACUUCUGGAUACUAUAUGUACACUGAAGCAUCAUCUGGAGAUUAUGGCGAUAAAACAUAUCUGGCUAGCCCGAUUUCAAACUACUCGCCGUUAAGUGUAAGUUUCUGGUACCACAUGUAUGGCUCUGAUAUGGGAACUCUCAAUGUCAAAACUGUUUAG